AUGAGUGGGUCAUACACCGUCAUUGAUUGGCUGCUCUCCAACAGCAAGGGCUCGGCGUUCAUGCAUGUAUCUGCUCGCUCUCACCGUACCUUUGUCUUUGUGCUUGUCUGUGCAGUUUGCUCUCAGUUCUCACGCGGAGUCUAUGCCAUCUUCGGAUUUUACGACAAAAAGUCCAUGAACACGCUGACGUCGUUCUGCGGGGCGCUGCACACCUCCUUCGUCACGCCCAGUUAUCCCACCGACAACGAGGUGCAGUUCGUCAUCCAGAUGAGGCCGGCCCUGCGCGGCUCCGUCCUCAGCCUCCUGACGCACUACAAGUGGCAGAAGUUUGUCUACCUCUACGACACAGACAGAGGCUUCUCCAUCCUGCAGGCCAUCAUGGAGGCGGCCGUGGCCAAUAACUGGCAGGUGACAGCGCGCUCGGUCAGCGUUGGGACGGACGCGGCCGAGUUCAAACGAAUUAUCGAAGAGAUGGACCGCAGACAAGAGAAACGCUUCGUCAUCGACUGCGAGGUGGACCGGAUCAACACCAUACUGGAGCAGGUUGUGGCCCUGGGGAAGAACAGCCGUGGCUACCACUACAUUCUGGCCAAUCUGUAUACCUCUGCCCUGACCCACGAUGCCAUCCUGGUGAUCGCAGAGGCGUUUCGGUACCUGCGGCGCCAGCGUGUGGAUGUGUCCCGGAGAGGCAGCGCCGGGGACUGUCUGGCCAAUCCCGCUGUACCCUGGAGCCAAGGCAUCGACAUCGAGAGAGCUCUCAAAACGGAAGCUCCUUAUGUGAUGUACAAGAAAAGUUCUAUGCAUCUGGAGGGGAAUGACAGAUAUGAAGGCUACUGCGUCGAUUUAGCAUCUGAGAUUGCCAAACAUGUUGGAAUUAAGUACAAACUGUCUAUAGUAAUGGAUGGAAAGUACGGAGCCCGUGACCCCGAGACCAAGACGUGGAACGGGAUGGUGGGUGAACUGGUCUAUGGGCGAUCCAAAAUAGCAGUGUAUGAGAAGAUGUGGUCUUACAUGAAAUCCGCUGAGCCCUCAGUGUUUGUAAAGACCACUCCGGACGGUGUGGCCCGCGUGCGAAAGUCUAAAGGAAAGUUUGCCUUCCUGCUGGAGUCCACCAUGAACGAGUACAUCGAGCAGCGGAAGCCGUGCGACACCAUGAAAGUGGGCGGGAACCUGGAUUCCAAAGGCUACGGCAUCGCCACGCCCAAAGGCUCCGCAUUAAGAAAUGCUGUUAACCUGGCAGUUUUAAAACUGAAUGAGCAAGGCCUCUUGGACAAAUUGAAAAACAAAUGGUGGUACGACAAGGGAGAGUGCGGCAGCGGGGGAGGUGACUCCAAGGACAAGACAAGUGCUCUGAGCCUAAGCAAUGUGGCUGGGGUCUUCUAUAUUCUGGUCGGAGGGCUGGGGCUUGCCAUGAUGGUAGCCCUCAUAGAGUUCUGUUAUAAGGUUUAG